AUGGAUACGUCCCAGCAAUCCCCUGCGGCCCAAGCAAGCGGCAGUAGCUGGACCUCGUUCGUCAAGUCCAUCGCAUCGUUCAACGGCGACCUCUCCAGUCUGACAGCCCCGCCUUUUAUUGUCUCCGCCAAGAGUCUGACCGAGUUCAGCUCGUACUGGGCCGAGCAUCCCGCCUUGUUCUCCGCCCCCGCCCACGAGCCCGACCCGGAGAAGCGUGCUGUCCUGGUGCUCAAGUGGUUCCUUGCCUGCCUCAAGCAGCACUAUGCCAGCCGCAGCGAGCAGUACGGCAAUGAGAAGAAGCCGCUCAACCCCUUCCUCGGCGAGCUGUUCCUCGGCACGUGGGAGGACGAUGCUGCGUCCCCAGAGGCCCCCAACGGCUCUGGUACCACCGAGCUGGUCAGCGAGCAGGUUAGCCAUCAUCCACCCGCCACCGCCUAUAGCAUCACCAACGUGCCCACUGGCGUCCACCUUGAGGGCUACAAUGCCCAGAAAGCCUCGUUCAAGAGCACCAUCAUCAUCAAGCAGAUCGGCCAUGCCGUCCUGACUGUGCCCGUCCCCAGCAGUAAGGGUGGCGCUAGCGAUGCCGAGCCCGACAAGUACCUCAUCACACUCCCCGGCCUGCACAUUGAGGGCCUCCUGUUCGGCGCGCCCUUUGUUGAGCUCGAUGGCUGCUCCUACAUUACAUCGUCCACUGGCUACACGGCCCGCAUCGACUACAGCGGCAAGGGCUGGCUCAGCGGCAAGAAAAACAGCGUCACCGCUGUGCUGUACCCGACCGGCCGUGAGAAGGAGGUUCUGUACAACGCGUCGGGCCAGUGGACUAAGGCGUUUUCGAUUCACAAGGGCCCUGCCAAGUCCAACAGCAGCAGCACUCUCGUCACCACCUUCGAACCUGCUCAGUCCCCGACUCUGCCUCUCCACGUGCAGCCGAUCGAGAAGCAGCACCCCCUUGAGAGCCGCCGCGCGUGGCGGAAUGUCGCUGCCGCUGUGGCCAAGGGCGACCUUGACACGCUGAGCGCUGAGAAGACCAAGAUCGAGAACGCCCAGCGCGAGAUGCGCGCCAGCGAAAAGGCCGAGGGCCGUGCAUGGGAGCGCCGGUACUUCUCUGUCGUGCCAGAAGGCGAGUCCGACCCUGUCCUCGAUAGCCUGGCUGCGAAUGUCGGGCUUCACCCGAACGGUGAUAGUGACAAAACGGGCGGCCUGUGGCGGUUCGACCGUGCCAAGGCAGAGGCGGCCAAGAAGGCGGCGCCGCUCACCGAAGCCGAGGCCAGCAAGAUGGCCGAGGAGUUCCUUGGUCAGCGUGAAUAG